AUGGACGAGGAAGCGAAAUACCACCAAGCUGCUGAGAAUGCCGAUCUCGAGAGGGAUUCCGAGAAUCUCCACGGUCAGGACAGUGACAGCCCUCGUGAAAGAGCUUUGGUCUGGAAGCAAGAUCUACGGAUCCUUCCAUUAUGCGCCGCGAUCUACCUUCUCUGCUAUCUAGAUCGAUCCAACAUUGGAAAUGCCAAAAUUCUCAAUGAAGAUACGGGCAAUGAUCUCCUCACGGAGACAGGCAUGACUUCGUACCAAUACACUAUAGCCCUCAUGGUGUUUCUGAUCGCAUACGCACUCUUCGAGGUUCCCUCAAACUACUUCCUGAAGAAGCUAAGACCAAGUAAAUGGAUUGCUUUCUUGAUGCUCGGCUGGGGGGCAUCCACCAUGGGCUUGGGUGGCGCAAACAAUUACGCGCAGGUGACUGGUAUUCGUUUCUUACUGGGAGUUAUGGAAGCGGGUCUCUUCCCUGGACUGGUUUACUACCUGACCUUCUGGUACCGGAACUCGGAGCGCUCGAUGCGCGUGGCGCUCAUUCUCGCAUCGGCUACCCUGGCGGGAGCUUUCGGCGGAGCAAUUGCCUACGGUGUCGGACACAUGAAUCAAACUCACGGUCUAUCAGCAUGGCGAUGGUUGUUUAUCAUCGAAGGGGCCCCUUCCUGUGCCUCUGCCUUCCUGGUCUGGUUCUUUCUUCCCGAUUACCCCGAGACGGCAUCAUGGCUCAGUGCAGAGGAAAAGGAGCUCGCUAUGCAGCGGCUGCAGGAUGAAGGCUCAAAGGGGGCUGCGCAUGCCAUGACCUGGGCAGAUGCGAAGGAGGUCCUAACGGAUUGGCGGUUAUACGCUCAUUAUAUGAUCUAUUUUGGCAUUUCCACCCCGUUUUCCAGCCUCUCACUCUUUACACCCGCGAUUACGAGUGGGCUCGGGUAUACCAGUUUGCGCGCUCAGCUCAUGACAGUACCGCCAUGGGCGGUAGCAUACGUAGUCACCACGGCGGCAGCCUGGUCCGCAGAUCAUUUCAAUAGCCGUGGUCUUCAUUCAGCAGCAUUCUCCUUCAUCGGGGCAAUGGGGUUCCUCGCAUCUGCCGUUCUCCCACCAGACGCAUACCUCCACCGCUACGGCUGUCUCAUAGUAGCCACCAGUGGCGCCUUCGCCUGUAUUCCGCCUCUUCUCGGCUGGCUCUCCUCUAACCUUCGCUCAACAGCCGGGACUGGCCUUGCGAUCGCCCUGAACGUAUCGGUCGGCGCUCCGGGGCAGAUUGUGGGCGUGUGGAUCUAUAAAGCCAACGAAGCGAAGAGGGGUUAUCCGACUGGCCACUGGACCAACGCGGCGCUGCUUCUGUUUGUCUGUGUCGGUUGUCUCUUGUUGCGCGUAUAUUAUGGAUGGAGGAAUAAACGGAGAGGAACGGGGGAUAAAUUUGCAUAUUAG